UUAGAUUUUCUAUUUGUUUUCAUUUGAUCGUGUCGUCAUUUCCUCGCAGUUUCAAAGCAGAGGACGCUUGGGCUGUUGUCAUAGCAACCAAGUUUAAAGACAUGGGUGGAUUAACGCCGUCCAAGAAGCCUUCAGCCUCGCAAAUGGGACAAAAAGCGCUAAAAUGCACCAUCGAGUUGUAUAUCCAAUCUAUAACUUGUCCAGGGGUGGUGUUGCCAUCCCAAGAAGACAUUUAUGUGAGUGUUCGGAUAAUGGGCCAGUAUCAGAAAUCCAAGUGUGUCCCUCCAGUUUUCCCCCUGCUGCUACAUGAAAAGAUUGUGUUUGUGAAGACUUUUGUGGGAGCAGUUGACCCGGCUGCUGUAGCUGAGCAUCUGGAGAAUGAUACAACAUCUUUAGAGCUCAUUCAGCUCAUUCCUCCAGAGGGUGAGAUCCUGGCCACGUUUGAAGAAGAAACCCGGGAGUUUCUCUAUCCAGGCUCCUGUUUGACUCCCAGAAGCCCCGGCCCAGAGAGAGAGAUUCUGAUGAAGAGAUCCAUCUCCUUCCCCGGAAUCUCUCCCAAAGUGGAGUUUUCAACGACGUCUAUUAUUGAGGAGUGUGAUGUGAAACAUGGUCAGCCUGCCACGUCUUCAUGUGGUCGUUCCUCAGCUAAGCCCUGUAGUGUGAGAACAUGCCCUGCAGACUCGAAGAAGAAGAAGCCAGACACAGCGCCAUCCUGUGGAUACGAAAAGCCAACGGUGUCGUCCCAAAGCCGUGCUCCUUCACCCUACACCCACCGCAAGAUGUGUCAGCUGUCUGAGGAGGCCAGACAACGACUCAGCAACCUCAAACUGGGGCCCUACACAUUUAAAAAAGAGACGGUCCCUCAGGCUCCAUUCGUGGUUCCCCGAAGCCCAAACACAUCUCUGAUGGAAUCCUCCGUGUGUCUUACAUCUCAGUCAUCUACUAAAAGAAGCCCCCUACGUCUGCAAUCACAGAGCUACACCACAGACCACACAGACCCCUCACUCCUUGGAAGUUUUAGAUCAAAGCCCCCACAUGCAUCCAUGCAGACAGCCAGAAGUUCUCAAAAUAAAUCCCCCAAAAAUCAUUCCACCCCCGUGUCCAGCACGCUCCGAGAUCAGAGUCCAGUCCUGACCCGCUCAUCCCUGAGAGAACGGUUCCAGAGUUCAUCCAGUCUGUCACAGUCGGAGGCGAUCCACAAACGAGUGCAGAGAAUCCUAAACAUCCACGGACCCCGCUGCAAGCUUUCUUUUGAUGAAGAGAGUGAGGAGGAGGAGGAGGGGUUCAGAAAGAGUUCAUGUGUUUCAACCCACCAUGACUCAGUGAUUGACAGCCGGCUGUCGAAGGACAGGCUUAUUUCUGGAGAUCCAUCUGUUCAUUUAGACAAUGGAACAUUCUGGACUAACAGAGCAGCUGCAUACACGGGAAAGCCCCACAGAGCUGUGUUUGAAGACAGUUUGAGCAAAAUCUACAAGAAACUCUACAGAAAAGCAUCACACCCAGGACACAGUGGACAAAGCACCUGAACACAAUGACCACAGAUAUGUUCAAUUAGUCAUUUAAUGUAUUCACGCAUGUCUGGUAAAUCAAAUCAGGAAACAGUAUGGAUGGAAGCUAGACAAUGUGUUACUUUUUUUUUUUUUUUUUUUAACUUCCAUAUU